AGCGCCGGGUUGGCGCGGUCUCUCUGCGUCCCCUCUCAGGGCGGUGCCGAGGGCGGCCACCGGCCCUGCCCGCUCCGUUCCCUCGGGUCCGCCCUAGGCUGGUGCCUCCGGCGCCGGCGAAUCUGCCGCGCUAGUCCCGCCGCUAGCGCGGUUUGGGCGGUUGUCAGGGAGAAGCAAGAUGGCGGCCGCGGCGGCGGAGGAGGACACGGAGCUGCGGGACUUGCUGGUGCAGACGCUGGAGAGUAGCGGGGUACUCAAUAAGAUUAAGGCAGAGUUACGAGCAGCUGUGUUUUUGGCAUUAGAAGAACAAGAGAAAGUAGAGAACAAAGCACCUCUGGUAAAUGAAAGCUUGAAAAGUUUUUUAGGUACAAAGGAUGGUCGCUUGGUAGCAGGUCUUGUUGCAGAAUUUCUACGGUUUUUCAAUCUUGAUUUUACUUUAGCUGUUUUUCAGCCUGAAUCAAGCACACUAAAUGGCCUUGAUGGUCGAGAAAACUUAGCUCGAGAUUUGGGAAUUACAGAAACAGAAGGUGCUGUGGGUGGCCCCCUGUUGCUGGAGGUUGUUAGGAAGUGUCAGCAGAAAAAGACUUCAGGUGGUGGAGAAGCAGCCGAAAACACUCGGAGUGAUACAAGUGUCUCAUCAGGGGAAGCAAGCAAAAGAAGUAUUCAUUUUCUGCCUAAUGAAACAAAAUUAGAUCCUCAACUAGAAAACAAAGACUUGAAUACCAAAGAAAAAAGUGAUCCACUUGUGGAUGAAGAUGAUGUAGUGGGAGAUUCUUUCUUUGAUGACCCUGUACCCAAACCAGAAAGAACUUACGGCUGGAAAAGUGAGGCUAAUAAAGCAGGAAGUCUAUCAUCCCUUUCUGAUGCACCGGCUCUAAAAAGUGGGUUAAGCUCCCUGACUGGUGCACCUUUGCUAAAGGAGUCUGAUAAUUUGGAUAGAAACUCUGUUUUAAAAGACCUGCGGUUGGUGAAUGCAAAGCUGGGAUCACUAGAAUUAGGAAAUGAAGAUGAUGAUGAAUAUGCUGAUGACUUCAACAGUACGAGUCAUCGCUCGGAAAAAAGUGACAUCAGUAUCGGUGAAGAAAUAGAUGAAAUUUCUGUGGGAACAGAAGAGUCAAAUGCCAGUGAUAAACUCGAAAGCAUCACACAAGACCUUACCAUUUCUCAGUUAAGCGACGUUGCAGAUUAUCUAGAAGAUGUGGCAUAGAAUUGGACAGCAAAAAUCUUUCGUUGUGCUGGACUAGAAGACUGCUGUGGACUAUUAAUUUCAGACAAUCACCUUUUGCUGGAAUGUCCACUCCCUAUUUGUGCCUUGUGUUUUAAAAAUACUGUAGGUGAAGAAGAUUUUAAAAUAUUCUGAACAAGAACUAGACUAGAUAGUGUGUUCCCAUUUGAGUAUGAUACCAGAAUUACUUUCUUCGGUUGAUUCAGCCAAACCUUUCACAGAAGGAGGUGGAUUUUCCAAGCAGAAUGUCCAUUGCUGGCAGUGGACAUAAUAAAAACCAAUUGAUAAGAGAACAUUGAGAAAGCGGCAUGUGGCUUUAUCGUGAACUUGCACUGUUAUUUUAACAGUCAGAUUUUUUUUAAAGAUAACCAAAGCAAGAACCUUCAACUCACACUUCUUUUAACACAACCAUGUCAAGUCAGCAUGUAGUCCAUAUUUAUGGUAACUAUAGCCACAAUACCUAAUUACUCCAGACUUACUUGAAACUGCUCUUUUACAGACUCCUCUGAAAGUUGGACUUUACCUUUUUUAAAAGCAUGUUAAAUUGAGAGUAUCUAAACUCUUAAACCUAAAUUUAGCUAUAUUUAGGAGCUAAAUUUAGCACUAGUCUUAACCCAGAAUAUUCUUGUUUAAAUAUGUUUGUCAAACCAUUGAUGUUAAGACCUAAGCUGUUUCUAUAUACGAUCAUUUCAUCAAUGUUAUCUGUUGUUAAAUCAUGAAAAGUAAUUUUGUAAUGAUUCACAAAUCAGUAACUAAGUCUUAUGGGGUAAGUUUUUAACAGUGUGAGAUACUUAGUGGAGCUUUUAUUUUUGAGGAUUCUUCAUGUGCUGUAAGAUCACUUUUAUUCUUGGAAAUAUUUUAAGUAAAAAUGAGCACCAAAAAGUGAAACUACAAAACUUCUGCUUUUCAGAUUCUGACUGCUGUACAAAGUUCAAUGCAAAUAUUUAAAAAUGCCAUACUGAAGACAUUAUGGACACUAAGUGCUAGCUAAGAGCAAAUUCUUGUAUUUUCAUGAUGCUCUUGCAGAACAGGGUCAGUCAUGGCAAGGUUGACAGUUCUUCAAUGAUACUGUUGCAAGUGGCACUGCUGUAAUGUGUAGGUCAUUCGUAAUGGACAAAUUUGGACAUUUGUAAUACUGAAACAAGACUUCAAAAUGUGCACUUUCUGAACAUUGUGAACACAUCUGGAUAACAGACAUGUAAGUGAAUAUAAAUAAUUUUAUUUUUAACUUCAUUUUCUUUUUUUUGAGGAUUUGUAAUUUUCUUUUUCAGGAACACUGUUGGCCUGUCAUCAGUAGUCACCAUAGUGGAAGUAGCAUGCUAAACUAAAGCCAUUGGUUAAGCAUAUAAAGAUACUACUAUCACUAGAAGCUGACUUAAAUAUUUUUUUGCACUGGUCCAGCAGGCCUGGAGCAGUGCUGGGAAGUUAGGCUUGUAUGAAUGAUUUGAGAGGAGACAGCAAAAGUGUGCCUUUUAUUUAUGUGCACCCCAAAAAUAGCCAGCAAAAAAGCAUCAGAGUAUUUAGUUAUGGUGUUAACGUUUCACUUUGUGCCAUAUUGUAGCAACUGAACACAGAGGAGAAUUUUUUUCACCCCAGGAAGUCAAUAUGCCAUAACUUCAAAUAGGAACAAUGCUGUAACAUAUGAUAUAGCAUGUGUAAAAAAUUUGUCUGAGGGUAGGGGAACCUGUGCCUCAAGACAAUGUAUAUGGAAAAGUUUGGAUUGGACUUUUUUCCAUUCUUUUUUCCUUUAUUUUUUCUUAAGAAUAGUAUCAGCAUGUCUGAAGGAAAUAAAAUUUCACAUGAACAGUUGCUUUUGGCAUGCAUUUUUAAGGUGUAUGGAAUAAUUUAGAGGCAGUGUUGUUUGCUUUCUUACAUGCCUUGGGAAAACAUGAUGUUCCAUUACCUGUUAGCUGUAGGAUAUGUGGCAAUUUAUCAUACCAAAAGAAACCAAAAGUUUAUUAAAAUACUGCUAAUUGCAUUUGAAGAUGUGGCCUUUUCAUUAACUAAUUAUAUAUUUUAAGUGUUAACAUGACUUGUGUUAACAGCUAAGUAUUGUUCUUACCUUGGGAAUUAGUUGGAGACCUUGCACUUUGGCUCUAAUUGAAGGAAAUACCAAAAAGUGGUACAUCUCCAUGCUGUUCCUCCUGUGAACUUUUACUGAAUUGUGUAUAAUAAUUCAAAUUGUAAAAUAAAGCUAUUGUGCUGGCUAAAUUAUCUUUUGAGACUUGUUGAACCAGAAAUCUUAACAUUUAAAUAAUUUAAGGAAGCUCUAUGGGAUUUGAGGGGUUUUUAUGAAAAAUACUUUUUUUAUAGUCCAGUCUUCAAUUGAGAAUUCUUUUAAGCCCAAAGGAUCUUGCAAUUCCUGAUGAUGAAUCUGGUUUAGUUGUGACAGAAUUAUAUUACUGGUAUCAGCCUAAGUUGUCAGAUGGUUUAUGAUUCAACAAAAGAAAGAAACCCAACAAUCUUGAUUGGGAAAAUUUUGUCUCAUUUACCACUGUUAGAGGUAUUUGAACAUAAGUGACAAGUUAAACUCUCUUGAAUGGUUGUUUCACUGUAUAUUUCAAAACAUAUUGAUUAGUAUUUCACAUAGGCUUCUCCCAGAAGGACCAAUGUAGUUGAGUACCUCACUCAAAUGUUAGAAUUGACAACCAGAGCCCUGUAAUAAAAAGAUGGGAACAUUUCUGUGAGCAGAGAAGCAAGUGUUGGAGAGGGACACUGGUGACUGCUCUCUGCAGUUCUGUAUCAACUAGGUCUGGUUAGAAAUACUCUAUUUUGUUAAAGGCUCUCUGUAAUUUUUUUAAUAAAUUCCGUGGUUUUUUAGAAGUAAAAACUAGACUGACUGACAGUUUCAUAACAUUAACAUGGCUCUUGUAAUAAGACUGGAUUAUAAAAAUGAUACCUCUCUUUUAAAUUUCUUUUUGCAAAAUUGCUACAUUCCAUCUCUUUUUAAGUUAAAUGGGAAACCACAGCACAUCUCAUAAAAUAUUUUCUUGUAAGUGAUGCUUUCUGCAGAUAUUAUAACAUCACUAUCAAUUUUAGACUGUUUUGACAACAUACAGACACUACACCUAGCUCUUGAGACAACUGAAAUACCUGAUUAGAUGAUGCUGGUAAAGAUGGGGUUUACUAGUUCAUUUUCAUUUUAGUAUAGUCGUUUUCACUGAUGAAAUACUGUCAACAAAGACCAGCCUUCUCCUCAGGAAGAAAAAUUCAUCCAUGGGUAGAACUUUGUGGCAGAUGCAUGUUUUUUGGCAGGCCCUUUAGUUUGAUAUUUUCUUUGUAAGGCAGAGCCAAAAGAAAUUCAACUGAAUUGCAAGAGGUGCAGUUCUAGUGGGUUUGUAAGUGAUGUUACUCAUACUGAAGCUAAAUCCUCUAAGGCUAGUUGCCAGAAUCUCCCAAAGCAUUUUUGUAGCCAAUUUGUGGACAGAUAGCCUGGAUAAAAAGCAACUUUGCAGAAAAGAGCCUGGAGGAAGCUUUGAAGAAUGAAAGCCUGGAAGUGUGGGUCAGAGUGCAGGCUGAGGGAAGUGGUUACUUCCCCUUCCUUGUGAGGUCACUACCUGCAGUGUUGUGUUUAGCUUGGCUCCCCCAGUACAAGAGUUCUAGGCAUGGAUUUUUUUUUUCCUGUUAUUGCCACAAAAUAGAGCCUGGUACAGGAUCUUAGAGGAUGGUGGUGGGGCUGGGGUAUGUGAUCCAUGAAGAGCUGAGACUGUUCUGCCUCUAGAAGAGAAGGUAAAGAUGGGUGGCUAAACUGAACUUCCAUGCUUACAGUGGACCAAUUGGAAAACAGACCUGUACUCUUCCUACAGGUGCCCAGUAAAAGGACAACAAUCUGCAGUGAGAGGAAUUCCAGUUGCAUACAUGAAAUAAAAUCUAAAGAAUCACCAUGCAAAUGGUCCAGGAUUUAGAGCAGAUACCCAGAGAGAUUGUGAAGUCUCCAUCACUGGAAAAUUUCUAAACUCAGACUCAGAGCCACCUGCUAUAUCUUUGAAGUUAGGUCUGCUUUGAGUAGCAGGCUUGACCUCCACCAAACCCUUUCCACUUAGAUUAUUACAUGAUUUGAGGGAAACAGACCUCUGUAUGGAAAACUGGUUAUUACGGGGAUAGACAAAUCAUUUGGCUGCCUCUGUGCAUGCAAACCAUCCUGUUUGUAGGUAGAAAUAGUUUUGCUGCAGUUUAUCAGUGCAGGUGUUUACAUUCAUGCUAACUGUCCCAUGGAGAAAGGCCAUUUGCAAUUACAGUCAUUUAACAUUGGCACUACUGUAAGGGUUUAAAUCUUAUGUCCUUGAAGAAAUCUUUUAGGAAACAUGAACUUGGAACAUAAUUGAAUAGUGUGCUGUGUGAAUAACUGCAUCUGAUCCUUACACUUGGAUCUAAGUUUAAAAACAAAGCAUAAGGUUUUUAGAAGUUUUUCAGUUUCUUAAGAGCUUUAAGUUUUUUGUUUCAAUUGCUCUGUGCAAUAGGGAAAUCACAAUAGACACAAGGUAGUAAAAUCAGGUCAUUUGUCCUGUUCCCCUGUAAAAGUGUCACAUGUGCUUUCAUAGCAAGAAACUGCUUCAGGUUUUUUUGUUGUUUUUUUUCUCUGGAAUGGAAAAUUUUUCACCUUGUGCUCACAACAUGGUCUGUUUUGGCUGACAGGUGUCCUUCAGGCCAUGCUGCAAGGGAAACUAUUGGGAAAAGGCUGGCAUGUAGCAGAGCAGUGUUUCCAGAUGCAUUUUUGGCUUAGGUGAUUGUGGCGGACUUGCUUUUAAACUGGUGUUCCCAUCAUGUUUCAGACAUGUAAUUCUGGUUUGUGUUAGUUUAUGUGAUUAAAAGCUCAGCUCCACAAAUGGAAAGCAGACCAAAGAGGUAACUUGUGUAGGUGCAUCUGCCACUGCUGGGGGCUGCUGUGAUCCAGCAGCUCCUCUCCUGAGGUGCAGGCCUGUGAGGCUCAGCACACUGGAGCCACCCACAUCAGCAAGCCCUCAGAACCUGCAGACAACAAGCCUCCUGUGCGGGGGGCAGGGGAUUAAGGCUCAGUUCUUGUAAGCACAGAGGAGCAAGGACAAGGGGAAGCCUAAUACUGAACUGGAGCUCUUGAAGCUGAACUCCCUUUCUAUUUCCUGAGCCAUGUCAGGAGACAUGCCCCCAGGCAAGAUCUUGGGUCACCUCAUGGGCUUAUUGACCUACAGACACAUGGGCUGAUGGGAUGUUGGAGAAGACUAUUUGGACCAUGCAUAAAUCCUGUUCUGAGAUAUUUAGACCCAGAACCAGAAGGGGAGAAAGGGAGGGGUCAUGGUUGUUUGGAGGAACAAGCAUGGGCAGAGAGAGAAGGGGGCAGUUGUGGGCAAACAGGCUGCUGCACAGCAGUGUGUCUGGCUGUGCCUACCCCUCAUAGCACUGUCUGCUCUCCCUGAAAAUUCUUUCCAGUCCUUUCUAAAUAUGAAUAAAAUACUUAAAACUGCCUUAAGUAGGGCCUGUGGAUAAAUUUGGGAUGAAUUUAGACAAACUCUAAAAGCAUACAUUUCCUUGAAAGCAAUGUGAUACUUGGCUACGAAGAAACGUUAGACAAAGAUUGGGUUUUGCAAAAUUAUUCUGGCAGCCUUUAUAAGAAAAGCACCUUUAUGGUGUUAAGUACCUGACAUCCUGACUGAUAUUUUCUUCAUCUCCUUUGAACUGCGAAGUAAGAGGUCUGUGCUCUGUUCAUUAAAAGGAAAUUGAUAAAAUUGAAAGAUAAGUAGUUCAAAGCAUUCCAAGCAAGAUGAAAUUGCAAAAUGUAUUCCAAUUCCAAAGCCAAGAUGAAAUUGCAAAAUGUAGGUUCUGGGUUUCAGAGACUAAAGCAAUCCUGAAGGUGAGAAUUACGUACACUUAAACUUCAUAAUUUAACAUGUAUUCAUGGGAGAAAUAUGAAAUUUAAAGUAAUUCUUAGGGAAUAAAUUGUAGAUUUAAGUAAUAGGCUCUGUCAUUAAAAAGCAACACAAACAUACACCAGCUAUUGUUAACUGUAGCAGUGCAAAACUGGUGUUUGUCAGUUACACUCACUCAGUAGACUAAUGUUAAUUAAGCCCUAGUGAAAUUUGAAAUUAGACAUCAUAACAGAAAUUAUUGACUGUACAAGAAGGUUUGAAUUUUGAGCAGGUUUUGGCAGUGCAGGUCUCUUUAAAGUGUGGUCACAGAUUUGGGGAGGUACUGAUGAUCUCAGAGAAGAAGUGGACAAAUUCUCAUGGUCUUCUUCCAUGAAAGAUAAAUUAAAAUUAAUUAAUACUGUCAUGAGUUUCUGGUUUCAAUGAAUGUGUGCUAAUUUGAUGGCACUUGAUUUGAAGGAGCUGGAAGUGCCAGUCAAACAAAUGCAUUGGGAUAAUAAGCGUAAUCCAGCCUGGAAGAGAGAUUAGGAUACACUAGUGUGAUGUUAAUGCAUAGGAGCUCUUCUGCACUGAUUUCUUGCAUGUGUGCUUUUGCACUAAAUAUCAAAAUGUAUUAAGAAAAACUGUGGAAAAAUUAAAAGGAACCCAGAGAGGCACAAAAAUAUAUGCAGAAACCAGUGCCAAGUACCACUUUGAAAGUAGCCGAGUCAAUCAAGCUUGUACAAAGAUGAUUAAAUCAAGCACAUGCACAUGCAUUGAGACUAACCCAAAGAACAAUGACGCUGAGAAGGCAAUGGGUGGUAGCAGAGAGCAAGUUAUGUAAAACUGACACAGUAAGAGUGCUGGCAGCCACACAAGAGCUGUGGUUUGGUGCAGGAAACUCCCUUUGCACUGACAAGGGAUGAUUGAGGCUGUGCUCCCUUCCCUGGGGCAUGUGGAUGUGUUCUUGAUGGUGAAGCAGAUACCAAGCUGAGCAGUUUAGAGCAGGGAGAAGCAGGUGCAAGGAUUGAGUUUAAAAAUCUGAAGAAAUAACUGCAUCAUAUUAGAGAUUAACCAUGAGGAGCACUCUGGUUUUGAACCAAGAGGUCAUAAUCCCAUUUGUAAACAAAAAUUCAGAAGGUGGACAUUAGUUUUGGCUGUGGUCUGGUGUUAUUGGGAAUGAGCUAGAAAAUUGGGAAAAGCUGAGAAGAUGCGUGGCUGUAGCAGCUCAUAUAGACUACAUGAUCUCACAGCUCUGCCCCACAGUUUUUUGUCACAGAAAUGCCUCAUAAUGCUACUGCUCUAGCAGUACAAGCCAUGUAAAGAGCCUGUGAAACGCAUUUUUCGGGGCAGUGACUCUCCUGUCUUGCAUUCAUGGUGGGAGCAGAGCCACCGAGGUUCUCUUCUUGUGGCACAGCCCGUUCCCCACCACGGCCCCACCCCACCUGGGGCUUCAGCUCGAGUGCGAUUCACAGAAGUGCCCAAGGGAGGAGGCUGUUCAUCUCUUUCUAUGUCUUCCUUUGCUGAAGAGCAGCUCUUAAGGUCUGGUUCAGGCUUAGAGCCAUGUGGAAGCUAAAAAGCAUGUGAGUUAGAGAGCAGUGCAGCCCAUUCAAGACUCAGUCUGGACCCGGCAUUGACCAUUCCCACUCCUUCAGACUUUGAAGCAAAGGGUUGGGUCUGUGCAGUACAGCUACAGACCUCAAAGAAAAAUGGGGUCACAAAUGUAGGCCAAUUGCCCAUGCUUCACGGAACAGGAAAUCUUGCAGAACAGCCUUUUUCUUUUACUCAUCUCUCAAUGUAGUUAGAAUUUUUUUAAAAUGUAUGCAUCCUGACUCGUGCUGUUGUAUAAUGAAAAGGUCUGUUCGUAAUGGGAAGCAAACUGAACACUGUCCAGUUUUGUGGUC